AUAACAUAUAAAUGAAUUAUUUUUGUGUGAAAUAAAUAUAAAAAAAAACCAUUUUAUAAAAGUGCAUACAGAAUAAAAGAUUUUGUCGACAUCAUCAAGGAAAGUUUGUGUGAAAACGCUAAAUCCAUAGCAUUUGCCAAAAGUAUCUUAAUAAAAAUUUAUUAUUAAAAAGAAAGAAAGAAAGUUUUUUGUAAUAUUUUUGUAUACAUAAUAUAAAAGUUAAAAAUUUGUAUGUAUAAUGGCAUUAAAGAAAGUGAAAGGAAAUUUCGAACGUAUGUUUGAUAAAAAUCUAACAGAUUUGGUACGUGGCAUCAGGAACAAUAAGGAUAAUGAGGCAAAAUACAUAUCGCAAUGCAUUGAAGAAAUUAAACAGGAACUGAGGCAAGACAACAUCAACGUCAAGUGCAACGCAGUAGCCAAGUUAACAUAUAUACAAAUGCUUGGCUAUGACAUAUCGUGGGCGGGUUUUAAUAUAAUCGAAGUGAUGAGUUCGUCGAGAUUUACGUGUAAAAGGAUAGGCUACUUAGCAGCAAGCCAGUGCUUUCAUCCUGAUAGCGAGUUGCUCAUGUUGACAACAAAUAUGAUAAGAAAAGAUUUAAAUUCACAAAAUCAAUACGAUGCUGGUGUUGCUUUAAGUGGCUUAAGUUGUUUUAUUUCACCUGAUUUAUCAAGAGAUUUGGCCAAUGACAUUAUGACCUUGAUGAGUUCCACAAAGCCAUAUUUACGUAUGAAAGCCGUCCUUAUGAUGUAUAAAGUAUUUUUACGUUACCCUGAUGCUUUGCGACCUGCGUUUCCUAAACUUAAAGAGAAACUGGAAGAUCCUGAUCCAGGUGUACAAUCUGCUGCCGUCAAUGUUAUUUGUGAAUUAGCACGUAAGAACCCUAAAAAUUACCUUCCAUUAGCACCUAUAUUUUUUAAGCUAAUGACAACUUCGACUAACAAUUGGAUGUUAAUUAAAAUAAUUAAAUUGUUUGGCGCUUUAACUCCUUUAGAACCCCGGCUAGGAAAGAAAUUAAUAGAACCUCUUACAAAUCUAAUUCAUAGCACAACCGCCAUGAGUUUACUUUAUGAGUGCAUAAACACUGUCAUCGCCGUGUUAAUCAGCAUCAGUAGCGGUUUGCCAAAUCACAGUGCCUCAAUACAAUUAUGCGUUCAAAAGUUGCGUAUACUCAUCGAAGACUCCGAUCAAAAUUUGAAAUAUUUGGGACUAUUGGCGAUGUCGAAAAUUCUUAAAACUCACCCUAAAAGCGUACAAGCGCAUAAGGAUUUGAUAUUAGCCUGUUUAGAUGAUAAGGAUGAAUCAAUCCGUUUGCGAGCGUUAGACUUACUGCAUGGCAUGGUGUCUAAAAAGAAUCUCAUGGAAAUUGUAAAACGACUGCUGGGGCAUAUGGAACGAGCAGAGGGUUCGGCCUAUCGUGAUGAAUUGCUCUUUAAAGUAAUAGAUAUUUGUUCGCAAAGUUCGUAUUUGUAUGUAACGAAUUUUGAAUGGUAUUUAACGGUGCUAGUGGAAUUAAUACAACUAGAAGCUGGUUCUAAGCAUGGUCGCCUUAUUGCGGAGCAGCUACUAGAUGUUGCAAUACGUGUGCCUGUUGUUCGUCAAUUUGCUGUCAAUGAAAUGACUAGUUUAUUGAAUACUUUUACUGUAUCGGCUCAAAGUAAUUCCAUGUACGAAGUGUUGUAUGCUGCUGCUUGGAUUGUUGGCGAAUUUUCAAACGAAUUGGAUGAUGCAGAGAAUACUUUAAACAUUUUAUUGAGACCUCGGCAAGUGCCGGGUCAUAUUCAAGGUGUUUUUGUACAAAAUGUUGUUAAAAUUUUUACAAAACUUGCCACAACAUGUUUGGAAAACGAGGAUACAGCUACAUUAGUAAAACUUUGUGAUCAUGUGCUGGAAAAACUGCAGGAAUUUAGUAGUUCCAAUGAUAUUGAAGUUCAAGAACGUGCAAAUUCUGCUUGUAUACUCAUUGAAAUGUUGCGCGUACAAUUCAAAAAUAAUGCCACCGAGUUAACUACACAUGCUCAAUCAAAUCAUAAAAACGCUAUGGAAAAUAUAAUAUCCACAGAUGAUAAUCAAAAUAUGCCAACACAAAGCCAGAUAGAGUCCAGAAGGAUACCUACAUUAGCUAUAGAAAUUGUACAGGAAAUGGCUUUACUGUUUGCUGGUGACCUGAUACCAGUUGCAGCAAAAGCACAGCGCAAAGUACCACUGCCCGAUGGUUUAGAUUUAGAUGAGUGGAUAAACCCACCACCUGAAGAAGAGAGUAGCGCAUCAUCACAGGAUGAAAAUGAUGAGCUCUUUGUUAAAUCUUCCAUCAGUAACGAUGAAAGCAAACGACGCAAGAGCUUAGAAUUAACUCCAGAGCAAAUAGAACAAAAUCGAAUGGCACGUCUUCAAGAACAGUCAAACAAUCCGCACUAUUUAAAAUCAAUGCCAUCGGAUGGCAAUAAUAAAACAAAAACAUCAAAUUACAAUUCAAGUUAUAAUGUGGAUCAAUACGAUAAUAUAGACGAUAUUCCAAUAACCGAAUUAUCGCUUGAUAUACCAUUACUAAUUGGUGCUACUAAACGUUCCGAUAAAUAUAUUGUUCAAGACAAGUCAAGUACUAAGGAGAAGAAAAAACACAAAAAAUCCAAAAAGAGCAAAAAAUCAAAAAAUAAAGUGUCCUACAGUAGUUCGGAUUCUGACGAAGAACCGAAACCGCUACAUAUUGUUAACACAACGCUGGAUAUGCCCGAAGGCGUUGCAUUAUCUGAUAGCGAAGAUAAAGACGGUAAAUUUGAUCUUGACGAUCCACACCGUGCGCUUAAUAUUGAAUUAGAUAUACCCGAUUUUGAGGAACCCAGAAACCGCCACGCAAAUAAGAAGCCUACGAUUAAUAGUCUGAAUAAUAAUCAGGACUUGAAUACUGAGAACAAAAGUAAAUCUACUGGUAGCAGAAAGGAAAAGAAAAAAGACAAACAUAAGGAUAAAGAGCAUAGAUCAGCUAACUCUAAACACAAAACUAAGGAGAACGCUAUUAUAACAGAAAAUUUAUUGGGUGCUUUCGUCGAAGAUGUACCCAAAGACAAAGCUGCAAUAGAAAAAUCACAAGAAGUGUCUAAUAUGAAUGUGCAACAUAAUAUUGAAAAGAAAAAGAAAUCUCAUAAGUCUUCGAAGGACAAUAAAGACGACAUUUCACACGAGAAGAAAAAAGAAAAGAAACAGAAACAGAAACAUUUACACAAAGAAAAGGAAAAAGGUAGAAAGGAGAAUUCAAAUGGAGACUAUGAAGAAGCACUAGGAAUUUCAACACCAAGUAAAGAAUUAUUUUAAUUUUUGUAAUAUUAUAUGUUCGAACACUUAAUUUUUCAUAAAC